AUGCAUGCCUCUGCUGCCGCACCUAUGCGCCGCUGCGCGAUGAACAUGCUCUGGAACACGCAGGUCGAGAAUACCUGCGUCGUCUUCCGUCAAUGGCACAUUGGCAACAUCGGCGAGUUCAUCGCCUCGUUCAUCGCCAUUCUUCUCCUCGGGUUGCUGUUUGAAUAUCUGCGUGUUGCGCAGGUCAAGAUGGAGAAGAGGAUCGCGGCAAGGAUGGUUAAGGAGAGGGGUGUGGAACAUGCGCCGGGUACCGAAAGCCCUGGCGAGGAGGCACUGUUGCUAGCAAGAGCAUCUCGUAUGGGAGUUGCCAGAGUUCCCAUGUACUCUCGUGUUGUUCGCGCACUCCUGUACGCGUCCUCUACUGCUCUGUCUGCAUUCCUGAUGCUGGUCUUCAUGACAUACAAUGCAUAUCUUAUAUUGGCCGUUGUCAUCGGUGCGGGGCUGGGACACUUCAUCUUCGAGGCGAACAUAGAUCCAGAGGCGAUCCUCUUCGGUGUCAACACCAAAGGAGCCGUCUGCCACUAG